GAAGCUGAGCGCGGCCAAGGUGAAGGAGUCGGCGGCUCCAGCUCCGGCUCCGAGCUCCAGAAAUCCACUCGCCGAUCGGGGCUCCAGCGCCAGUCACGGCUCCAGGCUCCAGCGCAGUCACGGCUCCAGGCUCCAGCUUUAGCCGCAGCCACAGCCAUAGCACCAGCGCCUGGCAAAGCCGCGUCUCUAACCACGCAGCACCGAAGCUCACAGGCUUCAAGGCGCGCUUCUCUCUCUCUCUCGCCACCUUCCACCGCAGCUGCUCCAGGUUCUGUCUACUGCUAGCGCCGUGCCUGGCUGUACGACUCCGUGGGCUCGGGCAAUCGCCGCGACUCCAGGCUCUAUCUCCAGCUACAUCCCAGACAUCAUCUGCAGCUGGAGCCGACUGCUGCGUUGCCUGCUGCGUUGCCUGCUGCUGCACGUUUCAUUCCCACAGCCGCGUCCUCUUCCUUCCACACCCCCCCCCUUCCCGCGUGGCCGCAGCUUCGUUCCAGCAGGCUCCAGACUGCCUGCAGUCAUUCAUUAUCUCCGCUCGCAUCUCCAUCCCCGCCACGCGUGGAGCGCGGUCGACGAGGAGGGAGCCACGGGGAGAGGCAAACACGGAGGGAGACGAGGAGGAGGAGGAGGGAGUCGCAUAGGGAAGACGGGGUCGCUUCUCCUGGUCCCCUUGGCCGCAGCCCGGACCCCCGAGACAAGAGGCGCAGGCGUGGGGACUGCACUGUAGUCGCCGCCUCGUCUCCCGAUCGCCAACCUCGUUCUGGUCGUCACCACCACCACCACCUCUCGUCUUCCACCUCCCGGAAGCACGUUUGACCGGUGAAUAAUUUUCUCCGCCGACGACUCCGGGACGCUGAGCCUCGCGGAAUCCUCGGAGGCCCCUUCCUGCGCGCGCUCGCUCGCUCGGCCGCCGCCGCCGCUGCCCACGCGCCGGCCCACACCGGGGAGGAAGCGGUCGCCAGAAGAGGUUCUGCCGCCGCCGCCGCCGCCGGUGGUGGUGGUGCCACCGCUGCCGCCGGGCGGCGCGGGGCGAGGAGGAGGAGGCGGCGUGGACGAGGACGGCACGAGCGGUGGACGCCAUCGUCCGGGUCGGCUGGAGCGUCCGAACCAGGAGCAGAGGAAUGUCCGAGGGCUGAGGGCGCACGCCCCGAGAUGGCCUUCGUCUUCGUCAGCCCCUCGUGAGCAGCUCCCGAUGGCAGGCACGAGCGGGACGCGCGGCGGCCGGGGGGGCCGGGGACGGGGGGGCGCCGGCUCCCGCUGCAAGCGCGAGCGCCCCCCGAAGCGCCCGGCCGACGACGACGAUGAGGGCGACGACCUGCCGGCGGGGGGGGGCGGGGGGGGCGGCGUGGGGGGCGGCGGGGGGGGCGCGACGAGCUGCCCCUCCUUCGCCUCCUCCUCGUCGUCGUCCUGCUCCUCCACGGACGAGCGGGUGCCGCCCUUCGCCGCGCCGCUCCUCGCCGGCAGCAGCAGCGGCUGCGAGAGCCCCGGCUCGCCGAGUCGCGGGGAGUCCAGCAAGAAGCUGAAAGGCGUUCCAGCAGGAGGCUACAUCCCCAGCUACCUGGAGAAGGACGAGCCGUGCGUGGUGUGCGGGGACAAGGCCACGGGCUACCACUACCGCUGCAUCACCUGUGAGGGCUGCAAGGGGUUUUUCCGGCGCACGAUCCAGAAGAAGCUGCACCCGUCGUACGCCUGCAAGUUCGGCGGCCGCUGCGCCGUGGACCGGGUGACUCGCAACCAGUGCCAGGAGUGCCGCUUCCGCAAGUGCUUGGCUGCCGGGAUGGCGGCCGACUUGGUGCUGGACGAGAGCAAGCGGCAGGCGAAGCGCCGUCUCAUCGCCGACAACCGCGAGCGCCGGCGGCAGGAGGAGCUGCAGCGGAGCCUGAAGGAGCGGCCGGAGCCAAGCGACGAGGAGUGGGACCUCAUCCGCGUCGUCACCGACGCUCACCGUGCCACCAACGCACAGGGCAGCACCUGGAAGCAGCACCGCAAGUUCAUGUCGGAGGACAUCGGCCACGGCUCGGUGAUCUCGAGUCGUGAUGGAGACAAGGUCGACCUGCAGGCGUUCGGCCACUUCACCCGCAUCAUCACGCCCGCCAUCACCCGCGUGGUCGACUUCGCCAAGAAGCUACCCAUGUUCACAGAGCUGCCGUGCGAGGACCAGAUCGUGCUGCUCAAGGGCUGCUGCAUGGAGAUCAUGUCGCUACGCGCGGCGGUGCGCUACGAGUUUGAGAGCGACACGCUCACGCUCAACGGGGAGGUGGCCGUGAAGCGCGAGCAGCUCAAGAACGGCGGCCUGGGCGUCGUGUCCGACGCCAUCUUCGAGCUGGGCCGCUCGCUCGCCGCGUUCGAGCUCGACGACUCGGAAGUGGCGCUGCUGCAGGCCAUCCUGCUCAUGUCCUCCGACCGCCCGGGCCUGGUGAGCGUGGACAAGGUGGAGAAGAUGCAGGAGACCUACCUGCUCGCCUUCGAGCACUACGUCAACCACCGCAAGCACGCCAUGCGCUUCUUCUGGCCCAAGCUGCUCAUGAAGGUCACCGACCUGCGCCUCAUCGGCGCCUGCCACUCCAGCCGCAUCCUGCACAUGAAGGUCACCUGCCCCUCCGAGCUCUUCCCACCGCUCUUCCUCGAGGUGUUUGAGGACUGACGGAACCACGGAACCCGGGGGUGGGGGGGGCGACCAGCGGGAUGGAGCGACCGGCGUGGGCGGCGCCGUCGACGCGCUCGUUCGCCGCGGUGACGGCGACGCCAGGCGGGCGCGCGGGAAACCCCGGAGAGGAGCGCGAGGCCGCGACGACGAGCGAGCCGUCUCGAGAGAAGGGGCGCCGGCGGUUCCGAGCACCGCCGCGCCUGGCUGCUCGCGGCCGGCAGAGAGCGACCCGGCGCGUGACCGGCGCGCCGCUCCGCGGAGACUGAAGCCGCUUCCGCCGCGUUCCCCGAACGGGCCUGCACUUAAACGAGACGACUCCUACCGUCCGCUUCACGGCACUUGGCCCGACUCUAAGUAUUUGCCGGGAACCGGUAGCGACGACGCCCGUGCGCGGCCUCCCGAGGGCUCGCGUGUUUCAUUUCUCUCGGUCGGACGGCCACGGCGCGUCGCUCCGUCCCCUCGGGAAGCUCGUCGCUUGCCCCGCGCCGGACCGCUCGGCCGGCCGACUGGCCGGACCGAUGGCCCCGCCCGUUCCUCCCUGAACGCCACGGCCCGCCGAGGCCCCUGCCGCGGCCGCCACGCUCAAAGGAAUGCCGAAGAGGUACGGUGACGCUCGCCGGAAGGCGAUGUACAAAGUGACGAACUGGGUGCGUGGUGUCCUGAUGUGUUACAGUUCUCGGACCAAUUAAACCAAGUUUAUUUCUUCGUUCGCGUUUUUUUAUUGUUAUUGUUGUUACUAUUGUUGUUACGUCUCCACUGAAAGUCUUUAAAAAAGCAAUGUGACAACAUUCAUUAUUUUGCUCCAGGCGGCCGCGGCCGCCGCCACGACCCGCCGUGCGUGCAGCAGCAGCAGUAUUGGCAGCGUCCUCACAUCGGCCAAGCACCGCCUCGAGGUUUUCCGGACAAUAAAUCCCGGGAGUGAUUUUUUUUUUUAAAGACACCGAUGCCUUUUAAAAAGUAAAUAACUCGUGUAAUUGCCGAGGGAGGCGGCGGCGCUCGCGGUCCCAGGGGGCGCGCGGGCGCCAUCCCUCCACGGUGCGUUUUUAAGAGGCUUCUGUGUCCGGUGAACCGGGGCCGACACGCCACCCCGCGAUGUUCACCCCCUCUCCGGAGCGCAGCAUCAACAACUCGUAAUUUAUACCGCAGACUUUGUACCCGUGUGGUGUUUUUCGUGUAAGCCACCCCCCCCCCCCCCUUUUCUUAUUUAAUAUUUGCGUAUUUAGUUGUUGUUUUCCCUUCGUCUGUUCUUCGAAACUUUCAAAACCACACAAACAGUGCCUUGCAUUUCAAGGCACGUUCCGGAGCGCGCCGGAGCCCGGCACGGCACCGUCACCGCGGCGGCGGCGGCGGCCGCGCUCCUCCGCCGGCACGACCGUUGCGCGUCGCCCCGCUGUAAAUAGUAGCGCCGCUCCGCGAGGAGCCUCUUGUGCGCCGCCACCCCCCGUGCCGCGGUGGGCAAGGGGUUCUGUAUUCAUCGUCAAUAAUUAAAGCGUAGCGACAGCAGCGAGAGUAAUAAACAAAACGACGAAACUAAUCUUAAUGAUACUGUAAUAAAAAAAACUAACGAAACGAGCCGCAUGUGAUGCUGGUGCUGCGAUGAGAAAGAGAAAGGAGGAAGCCACGAGUAGCAAAGGAAUAUUGAAUGAAUCGUCGACAGAAGCUCUGGUGCCUGUGAUUUUAACGAACGAUGAGACGUUUGUGGAACUGUUAACCCUCUAAGUUUUCAUAACUCGUGCGCUCAUCCGACAAAAGCCCAUCAUCUCCUCUCGACGGUUAUGAAUGCCGUUGUUCUCGUUGCUUUGAGUUGUGUGUCGGGUUUGGCCGUUGAGUUUGCCUCCGCCAGGAGCGACCUGUUGCCAGGACGUCUACCCUCUCAGGAUCUUCUCCGUCACAUUCCUUCCCUUCCUUCCCUUCCUUCUCCUCCUCCUUCCCCUCCUUCCCCUCCUUCCCCUCCUUCCCCCUCCUCCUUCCCCUCCUUCCCCUUCUUCCCCUCGGUCCCCUCCUCCUCGUCCGCGAGGCUGCUUGCCAUACAGUCAACGCUUUCUCACAAAAGCCCGAGGUUCAUUCUCUCUGUUGGCCCUCGCAGAAGCGCGCGCGCUGAUUUGUCACGGAAGCUGCGGGGGAGCGCCGCUCGCCGCACCGACAGCCUCGGGGCCGCCGGCACCGCGGCGGACGCGGCGCGUGGGGCCAGCUCGUUCGGUCUCGCUCCCCGGCCCACCCCGUCGCUUGUCCUUGAGCAGUGAUUGAGGUGAUCAUUCCGCGCCUGCGAAAGCUGAACCGUCAGAGGUCUCAUUUCAUUUAAUUUGAUGCCGCAGAAUUAUUAUUUUAUUAUCGAAAGCGUAAAAAGAAUGUGGCGCGCAGCUCGCUUUUUUUUUCAAGGUGAACUUUUCCCUCCCGCUUCCGCGACCCCCCCCCCCCCCCCGCGCGCUGCGUGCGAGGGCCGCGCAUCGCUUCGCCCGCCGCUCCCCUUUCGCUCUGAGCCAUCGUCGGGCGCGUCCCGCCUCUCGGCGCGUCAACCGCCACGCGCGGCAGAGGUCACCGCGGGUCACGCUCCUCCGAACUGUCGGCACCCGCGGCGGCCGCGUGCUGGCCAGGGCUCGGCACCCGCAUGCGCACCCCGUGGGUUCGCCACCGUCCCUCUCCUGCAUCGCGCCGCUCGUUACGUUCGCCGACGUCAUUUCCAGCGAGAGGGGCCGGUGGCGCGGGGUUCGCGCGUGGUUUUGCCAGCAGGAGCUCACCCACGCGAUCGCCGCCGGAGGGCACCGCUUUGUAUCGCUUCGUCAAAUUGGCGCACGUCGGCGGCCUUCUAACGGCUCGUCCGGUGCAGUCAUCCAAAGAUGGCGCUUAGAGGGGAGGUACAACGAACAAUCGGACUCGAGACUCGAGGGGUCGAAGCGGUGCCCGGGGUCGAGGCGGGGGAGCGUGGGGGCCCCCCACGGUUGCCCUCCGACGGCAGCUCCCGACAGACGCUGGAUGUUGAAGAAGCUGUUGUACCUCUGCGCAAUCCGACAAUCAGUCGCUCCACGUUUUACUGGUGCACUUUAAGUUGUAGCAAAACUCGCGUGCGCAUGGCGCUCGUCAUCUCGCCGGGAGGAGCGGAGCAGAAACGAAAUGUCCACAUCCCUCCUGCCGCACAGACUGGUCCGGUGGUGGCCCGCGAGCUGCCGGGCGCCAUGACCUGCGUCGCCUCUCGGCUCGCGAGGCCACUGGGGGGCCACGCGGCCCACUUGCGGUUGGGGUUUCCCCUUUUUCCUUUGUUACCUCUUUACGAUAUGUAUAUGUGUUUAGAAACUGCUCUUCGUUUAAAACAGCAGUAGCAUCAGCGGCAACAGCCGCAGCAACUACUGUACAUCUCCAGCCAGGUGCGAUGGCCUUACUCGCGUUCUCCACCUACAAAGGUAUUGAACAGCAGCUCACGGUGUUCCUUUUUUAAUUAAUGUUAUUUUUUACAAAUUUUACAAACAUCUUCUUAUGCAAAAUUGAAAGCUACUAUGCUAACGAGUAUAAGUCAUAUACACACACGUGAACAUGUAGAAUAUCGGGCAGGCGCCCGCACACGAAGUGUCGACAUCGCCACUUUGAAGACAAAGGCAGCCGGGCGUGGUGCUGGCCAGCCACGUCCUUCGUGCGCCGUGCCAGUCAUCAUCGAGGUGCUCGCUCUUGCCCCAACAGAGUCUCUUCAAGGCUGUUCGGGAGGUCUUUGUCUUUGUACAGACUCGCACACACACACGCACCGUCGCAGUGGGUAUAGCGUAGGUCCAUUCCAGAACUCUGUGUUUGUCCAAAUGCAAACGCAAUUCGGUAAUCGGGAAGCGUACGAUUUCCUUUUUCGUGGCGCGAUUCAGAGAGGAGGGGAGGAGGGAGAGCGAUGACGAUGAGACGGCGGUGCUCCGAGGUGAGCAGCCGGCGUGACGAGCACGCGAGAUACCUCACCCGUGCCGGGAGCCGGCGCGCUCCCUCCCGGCGCACUGGACACGGCUUCAGAGCGACGUCGCCCUCGGAACCAGAUCUGUGACCGCUUCAGAUUCGGAACUACUUGAAGCGCGGCCGCUGCCGCCGCGUGGCAAAACCUCAGAAAUAACACGAACCUACCUACAGACCUCACGCCAUGGUUUAUCCGUUCAUGUCUCUUAACUAAACGUCGUAGUGGUGAAUAAAACACAAUGGUAAUUUAAACACGCAGACAUAAGUAGGGAAAGAAUUGUAACUUAAAUUAAAAACAAGCUUAAACAGGGUAACGAUAGAAGGCUUUGCUCGUAGAUACAACAAGGUGGCUGGGCACGGGAAAGGGAAUCGCGCCACGUCGACUUCUUUGUAGAGGAGCCAUUCUCGUAGCGGGAGGGGGGGGGGGUGCUCCGUGCAGGGGACGCGGCCGGGCCGCUCGCUCGACCCCACGGGGGGCACCCCGCGUCGCCGGCGUGACUCCCCGCCAACUCCGCAAAACGCUCGCACGGUCGGACGCCGGUUUCUCAAAACGCGCGGGACCCGACGUCCGGCAACCGACAACAACAACAACAAUAACAACAACAACAACACGGAGAACGCUGCGCUCGUCGCCGCGCUCUCCCGGUCUGUCCGCGGAGCGAGACGGAGAGAUCGGCCGCCGAGCGAGCCGUCAACUCUUCCCGGUGGCGAGCUUCGCGCGGUGCGGCGGUGGUGGUGGUGGUGCAGUAACUUUGAGCCAUAGGCGGCCGUGGGAGCCGGGGUGGGGGGUCUCGUAGCGAUCGCCUCCCCCGGCGCUCCAGGCCAGACCGUCCUGCAGCAGUCAGAGGGCUGCCGCUGAGCGUAGCGCCCGGGCAAAAAUGCAGAGUGCCGCUUUAGUGAUAAUAACGAUGGCGACGACGACGAUGGUGACGAUGGUGAUGAUGAUGAUGAGAGCAUUUAUCUCUUGCCCGUAAAAAAAUAUAAAAGAAAUUGCAAGAAUAAUUCAGGGUUUUGUUAAAAGAAUAAUUCUCUACUUUUGUCGUCACGUGAACACUUACAAUUGUACGUACUGUAUUUUUAUAAAGAAAAAUAAUGAUGCCGAAAUAAAAUGUAUCUCAAUUGUAUAUUAUGAUUAUUGAUUAUUAUUACUGAAGAAACAUUUUCCAAAAAAAACCGUGAGAAAAGUUUAUGAAAAAAACACAACCAGGAAUAAUAAUAGUAGUUGAUGUUAUUACGCUUUAAUCAAGACAUUCUCGGGAAAGUGUUUCUGAUUCUUGUUUUGUGCGUGUACAGAGUUGAGGUUUCCGUGUGUUUUCUGGGCGUUUGUUUUUGUACUUUAACACUCGGUGAGGAGUGUUGCUGCGUUGCACAUGUCCGAGUGUGGCGCGGGUUUAGCCGCGGUCUCUUUUCGCGCUCACGUCGAUGACGACCGAUGGAUGGGUCGUUGUUCCGAAGAUGUCAGCCCAUUGGUUUUGCUCCUUGUAAAUCGUUCCAGUUCUCACACUACUACUGACCGAAUGCUGGAGUGAAACUCCGUGCCGGGCCCGUUCCUCGCGUAGCGUCCUCAUCAGACGUCUCUCCCAGGAGGCGUUGCGCGCUCGCCGUCGCAUCGACGGAGACGGCGCCGCGUCAGAGACCACGAAAUCCCCGCAUCGACGCUCGUUCACUGCGAUCCAAAACUCACCUCUCUCUCUUUUUUCGUUUAAUUUUUUUCUUCGAAUUGUGUUUAUUUUUUUUACGUGAUACAAUUGAGAGUAAUUUAUUUGCUAGGCGAUAAUUAAUCCGUUGUUGAAGGGGCAAAGCUGUAACGGGAAUGUCCGCGGGCCCCACGUCUCCGCCCGCGACCGCCUCGCCGGGAGGGUCGCGUGGGCGUGCGCGUGUGGGGGGCCUGGGACGAUGUCCGCUAACCCUGCCAAGGGAAGAAGCAGCACUCCUCUGCUACUGUUGGAGGCUAUUCGCGGUUGUGUCGCCUCGCUCUCCGACCGAGCUUUUCCGGGCCGUGCCGCGCGACGACGUUUCGCUCCGCGUGCCGGGAGCUUCCGUUCCCUUCCGGACGCUCGCAGCACGGGGAUCAAAACGCGGGGGACGCCGUGGCGAACACCGCGCGACGCGAGCCGACAACGCUCGGGGGGAGAGCCGUGCGCUUCGCUCCGCCGGGCCGCUGCGCGAGCGUGAACCCGCGCCGUGUCGGUUCGUCGCGCCACUCGCCGACGGACACGCGCCGUAAAGCCGACGCCUUUUCUCGCUCGAGGCCGGACGGGGCAUGCGCCGUCGUCCAUCGUCUGAGAUUCUGGCUGCGUCAUUUCCAAUCGAGGCCCCAAGCCAAACGAGCGGUGAACUCGCCCGACAGCUUUCCUGACGUCUUCUUCGAUGAGGAUGUUCCGCACGCGAGCAUGGGGCCCGCGCAGCUGGCAAUUCACAGAUUGCGCAGUUUGGAAAAUCGAUGCUCAGUUGGUAACGAGGCACUUGCGUCCGACCUAAUUUCCCAGCGCUGUGCGGGUGCCGCCGCCACCGCCACCAAGUUACACUACACUCGUCAAGGCCGGUUUGGUAGCGCGCGUCGAGGGUGGGCAGCGUGGGGCGUGGGACUGGUGUCUUGGAAGGGCGCUGCCUGGGACGGGUGCGGGUAGAUGUGAAUCGGAGGUCGUCUCGACCCCACGUGUGAAUACUUGUACAGAUGUCUGCAUUGUACAGCAUCCGAGAUGUUGUGUUGACAGGGUAUUGCUGUAGAUAGUCUGUGAAGAGCUUUUACAUGAAAUGUGUUUUACUCGGCCAACAGCAUUAACUUGAAAUUAUAUGUAAUUAUAUAUCUACUACAGAAUAUAAUAUGACGUUCUCUUCAACACUGAGCCCAGGUUUAAGUAUUAUGCGCCAAAUGGACCUUCCUUCCAAUGCACACGUGGGCGCGUGCUCGUCGAAAUUCCACCUUGGUUCUUGAUGUCAUUGGGCUUGCGUGUGGUGCGGUGGAGAGCGGAGCGUCACCCGCGCCGUGUGCUGUGCGAGGUUUGGUUCUCUCCCAAACCCGUGACCGCCCAUCUCUGGCUGCUGGCCAGACGUGCCCCGACUCGAAUGUGACAACGUUGAAUGUUCGAGUCCUGCUCGAGGAGGUCGGGAGGCUUGAGGUGAUCGAUUUAGUCAGGACGGGCCACUGAGUGUGCCCAACGUUUUGGCAGUCGGUCAUCCAGCAGUGGAUUUUAUAAAAAGAGCUGUGCGUGUACGUGACCAGUAACGCACCUCACAGUUUGGCCCAUGUUUCAUUUGGUGUUCCUAAGUGAUCACGGUGAUUGGGAUAUUGUCAAAUUCAUCUUCAAAUUCAGCUGGGCUCAGUUUUGGGAAAGAGAAUUCUCAAAAAGCUAGGCAUGUGACUGCAGGCUUUGCUGAGCAUUGAUUCUCUGGUUUAUUGAAAUAACGACAAACUUUACAAUGGGUGCUCACUACACACAGUAUUUGUGGCUUGUGUUCAUCGAUCCAUACGCGUUACCAAAAUGAGCUUUUUUUUGUUAUCGUUUUUUCCUUUGAAAAAGUUUGGAGACUUUUUGCAUUUCGCAUAUUGCUUUCGUCGCAUAUAUAUAUUUUUAGUUCCGUUUUAAAAAUAUAUUAUUUCAUUUUGUUUUCUCUCGUAAAUGUAAAAUAAAAAAAAUCAGCCCCGUGAAGGCGGAGGGCUCGCCGUGGCACUCGCUUGGGAGAGUGCUGGCCACCGCUCGCCCCCAGCCAUCGCGUGGACAAAUCGUGAGCAUGACGCGUCUUCCACGCCGGUCAAAUGUUUCGGGCCACGUGUGGAGGAGUCCGUUCCACUGCUGGAUGUCAUCCUGGAACGAGGGCACUUGGCGCGAGCCCCUCACAUUCCUCGGAGCUGGCUUCCGCCAUCUCUCCCGAUCUGCUGGGCCCUUGGGCGGCGAUCGAUGGGGUCUGUGUCUGACCAUCGGCUCGUCAUGGCCAGCAGCAAGGAGGCUGUCAAGCUAGCUGUGAUGAUGGCCGGUUGCCCCGCAAACCUGGGCCCUCUGAGCCGUGGUGAAUGUGGCGCAAUCGGUGAUCUCGGGCACAUCCAUCUUUCCCGUGUGCUCGGUCUCACGUGGGUUUGCCCUCGGCUUCGUUUCUUGGUUUUCCAACUGGUCAGAUUUGGUCCCGCGUCUCUGGGAGUAUCUGACAUAGGCAGAGGUCAAGAGGUCUGGGUUCAUCCAUUAUUAAGCCCUCGAUCGCUGUCAGUUCAUGAAUCCAAAGCCAGACUGCAGGGGCGGGCGGAGGGGCUGCGUUCGGCCCAGCACACUGUAACAAAAACACACAAUGACAACAUGGUGACAUGACAUUUCAUCGUCGCCUUCAUUUUUCUGUUCGGGUUUGUUUUAUCGCAGUGUUCUUUGAAGGCAGGGCAGAGGGCACAUGCACUGGGAGCUGGGAAACGGGGCGAAAGGGCUGGUGUUCGCGGUAGUUACUGAGCACGAUGAUGGCUCUCCACGGGCUGCUCUUCUCAAAAACAAUCCCAAAAAAAUAUAUUCUUACCCCAGGCUGUUUUGCGAUUCCAACGGAGGGCCGAUGUCAAAACUCCGACUUUAGCAGAGGAGACAGAAAAGUGCAUGGGAAAGGUGCUCGCCACACGCGAGCAGAGUACUGUGCUGUACAUGUGCCUUGUGGUUCGGAAGGGGUCGAAGCGAUGGGAGUGCGUGUGUGCCGUUCACUCGACCGUGCGCACGGGUCAUCUUAAUCGGGAAGAUUGCACUGCGGAAGAACGGAGGGGCCGGCUAUAUUUUUUGUGCGAGCUGUGGAUUGAAAAUCCCGGGGGCGCGAGUGAGUCUUUGUAGGGAUGCUGAGAAAGCGGCGAUUGUUUUGUGUAUGGGGCGGUGGGGGGGGGGAACUCGUUCAAGGGCCUGUGGCGGGAGAUGAAUCAGAGGCUGGUUGGGUGGUUGGCGGGGGUGUCUGAUUUGACACAACGGGGGGUGGGCGAAGCUGCUGCUGGUGGUGGUGGUGGUCUCACGGGGCCCAAGGGGCCUGCGUGUGUGGGUGGCUUUGGUGGCUCGGGUUGUUUUGAAGCAGGCAGGCUGGUCUGCCGGGAACGGCUGUGAUGCUGUCGCGUGGCGGUCGUCUUUGCGGGGAAAGCCUGCGGAAAGUCGCUCUUGAAUGUUGUUUUAUUGUGAAUUCUAAUGAUUGAAAAUAAUUAUAUUUCUGUACAGAAAAGUGCGCUGUUAUUAUGCUAAAGCUGUUGCUAUUUAGUUAAAAAGCAUUGUAUUUAUGCAAAAAACCUUUACAAAUAAAAU